ACAGCGGAGCUGAGCAUGGCCUCCUUGAGCCAGUGGACCCCAACUGAUCCUGCCUGGCUCCACGUUGCUUGUGUGGCUGGCCUGGUGCUGGGCUCUCUCUGGGUGUGGGCCCUCUUCCUGGUCUGCUCCUGGCAGGGUCACCCACCGCCCAGCCUCUGGUCAGGAUCGCGGCUGGGAGGAGCCAGGUCCUUGGGCCCCUCAGAGAAGCGUCGGAAAAAGGCAUCCAAAGCCAAGCCACGCAGAGAACAGGCCGGGAAGUCUGCCCCAGGCGUGGGUCUCCCUCCAGCUGCCAAGGAGCAGGAGGUGAUGUCUGCCCGAUGGAAAGAGAAGCCGCCCAUGGCUGAGGAGAACUCCAGCGGCAGCAGCGGCUCCCCCACCCCGGGAGACACCCUGCCCUGGAACCUGCCCAAGCAUCAGCGCUCCAAGCGGACCAAGGCAGCCGCGGGCGGCAACGGGUCGGUGCUGGACCCUGCAGAGAGGGCGGUUCUCCGCAUCGCAGAUGAGCGGGACCGGGUCCAGAAGAAAACCUUCACCAAAUGGGUCAACAAGCAUCUCUUCAAGGCCCAGCGCCACGUGAAUGACCUCUACGAGGACCUGCGAGAUGGACACAACCUGAUCUCACUGCUGGAAGUGCUCUCGGGGGACACUCUGCCCCGGGAGAAGGGAAGGAUGCGCUUCCACAAGCUGCAAAAUGUGCAGAUCGCCUUGGACUACCUGAAGCACCGGCAGGUGAAACUGGUCAACAUCCGGAAUGAUGACAUCGCCGAUGGCAACCCCAAGCUGACACUGGGUCUCAUUUGGACCAUCAUCCUCCACUUCCAGAUCUCGGACAUCCAGGUGACUGGCCAGUCAGAGGAUAUGACGGCCAAAGAGAAGCUGCUCCUCUGGUCUCAGCGCAUGGUGGAGGGGUACCAGGGCAUGCGAUGCGACAACUUCACCUCCAGCUGGCGCGAUGGCCGCCUCUUCAACGCCAUCAUCCACAGGCACAAGCCGAUGCUGAUCGACAUGAACAAGGUCUACCACCAGAGCAACGUGGAGAACCUGGAUCAGGCCUUCACGGUGGCUGAACGUGACCUGAGCGUGACGCGCCUCCUGGACCCGGAAGAUGUGGAUGUGCCUCAGCCGGAUGAGAAAUCCAUCAUCACCUACGUAUCUUCCCUCUACGAUGCCAUGCCACGAGUGCCGGACGUGCAGGAUGGGAUCAAAGCCAACGAGCUGCAGCUGCGCUGGCAGGAAUACUAUGGCGUGGUCAGCCUGCUUCUGCAGUGGAUCCAGCACCACACGGUGACCUUUGAGGAGAGGAAGUUCCCUGCCAGCUACGAGGAAAUCGAGAUCCUGUGGCACCAGUUCCUGAAGUUCAAGGAGACGGAGUUGCCCGCCAAAGAGGCUGACAAGAGCCGCUCCAAAGUGAUCUUCCAAUCUCUGGAGGCUGCUGUGCAAAGCGGGCAACUGAAGAUCCCUCCCGGCUACCACCCACUGGACGGGGAGAAGGAGUGGGGCAAGCUGCACGUGGCCAUCCUGGAGAGGGAGAAGCUUCUGCGCUCGGAGUUUGAGAGGUUGGAACGUCUGCAGCGCAUCGUCAGCAAACUCCAGAUGGAGUCUGGCCUCUGCGAGGAGCAGCUCAACCAGGCGGACACCCUGCUGCAGUCGGACAUCCGGCUGCUGAACGCGGGCAAGGCGUCGCAGCACUUGGCGGAGAUUGAGCGGGACCUGGACAAGGCCGAGGCCAUGAUCCGCUUGCUCUUCAACGACGUGCAAGCCCUUAAGGAUGGGCGCCACCCCCAAGGCGAGCAGAUGUAUCGCAGGGUUUACCGCUUGCACGAGCGCCUUGUGGCCAUCCGCACUGAGUACAACUUGCGCCUGAAAUCUGGGAUAGUCCAAGUGUCCGUGCCAGUCACACAGCGCCCGCGGCCAGAUAUGGAUGAUGUCACCCUGCGCUACCUGCAGGAUCUGCUGGCCUGGGUGGAAGAGAACCAGGCCCGCCUCAAUGCAGCCGAGUGGGGCGUGGACCUGCCCACGGUGGAGUCACAGCUUGGCAGCCACCGCGGACUGCACCGCUCCAUCGAGGAGUUCCGCCCCAAGAUUGAGCGAGCCCGGGCGGACGAGGCCCAGCUCUCUCCUGGUCCGCAGACCUCAUACCGGGACUACCUCAGCAAGCUGGACGUGCAGUACGAGAAGCUGCUGAGCUUGUCCAAGGCCCGGCUGCGGCACCUUGAGAGCCUCCAGGCCUUCGUGGCUGCAGCCACCAAAGAGCUGAUGUGGCUGAAUGAGAAGGAGGAGGAGGAGGUGAACUACGACUGGAGUGAGCGCAACAGCAACAUGGCUGCGAAGAAGGAGAGCUACUCGGGCCUGAUGAGAGACCUGGAGCAGCGGGAGCGGCGCGUCAAGGAGAUCCAGAGCACGGGCGACCGUCUGCUGCGGGAGGAUCACCCAGCCAGGCAGACCGUGGAGGCCUUCCAGGCGGCCCUGCAGACCCAGUGGAGCUGGCUGCUGCAACUGUGCUGCUGCAUCGAGGCUCAUCUGAAGGAGAACAGCAGCUACUUCCAGUUCUUUUCUGACGUGAAGGAAGCGGAGGAGUUUCUAUGCAAGGCUCAGGAGACGAUGAAGAAGAAGUUCACCUGCGACCGGUCCAUCACAGUGACCCGCUUAGAGGACCUGCUGCAGGACUCCCUGGAGGAGAAGGACCAUCUCACACAGUACCAGAGUCACCUGGCGGGGCUGGCCAAUCGGGCCAAGACCAUUGUCCAGCUGAAGCCCCGCAGCGCAAGCCCCCCUCUCAGGGGACGGCUGCCCCUCCAGGCGGUCUGCGACUACAAGCAAGUGGAGAUCACGGUGCACAAGGGAGAUCACUGCACCCUCCUGAGCAACGCCCAGCCCUACAAGUGGAAGGUUUUGAAUGCAGCUGGGAAGGAGUCCCUCACCCCCUCCAUCUGUUUCCUCAUCCCCCCACCCAACAAGGAGGCCCUGGAGGCUGUUGGGAGGCUGGAGACGGUGCACCAGAAGCUGCUCGGCACUUGGCACCAGCUGCACAUCAACAUGAAGAGCCUGCUCUCCUGGCAGUACCUGCAGCGGGAGAUCCAGCAGAUCCAGUCCUGGUCCCUCCUCAUUUUUCGGACGAUGCCCCCCGAGGAUUACCGGCAGACGCUGCGCAGCCUGGAGACCCACUACCAGGAGUUCCUGCGCAACAGCCAGGACUCCCAGAACUUCCAUCCGGACGACCGGCUGCAGGCGGAGCGCGAUUACACUGUCUGCACCCAGAAAUAUGAGCUGCUGCUGCGCGGGCUGGAGAAAGGGGAACAGGAGGAGUCGCUGUGCAGGAACUUCAUCUCCCAGCUGAAGGACAUCCGCCUGCAGCUUGAAGGCUGCGAGUCCCGCACCAUACACAAAAUUCGUUCUCCGCUUGACCAAGAUCCCGUUAAGGAAUGUGCGCAGCGCAUCAGUGACCAGCAGGAGAUCCACCUGGAGCUGGAAAACAUCCAGAAGAGCUUGGGCAAAGUGAGCGCCCAGACGGAGAAGGUCCUGGCUCAGCCAGAGCAGGCCGGUUCGGCCCCCCUGCUGCACUCGGAGCUGGAUAUCACGCUGCAGAAGAUGGGCCAGGUGUACAGCCUCUCCAGCAUUUUCUUGGAGAAGUUGAAGACCAUCCACCUGGUCAUCCGUAGCACCCAAGGGGCUGAGCAGCUGGUCCAGAGCUACGAAGAGCAGCUCAAAGAUGUCCAGGCUGUGCCGUCUGACCUCAAGGUUGUUGAGGCUACCAAGGCAGAGCUCAAGAGGCUGCGUGGGCAGGUCGAAGGGCACCAGCCAGUCUUUAGUGCCCUGGAAGCGGAACUGGCCAAGGCCAAUGAGGUGAACGAGAGGAUGGUGAGAGGCCACAGCGAGAGGGACCUGGACUUGGAUCGCUACCGGGAUCGCGUGCGGCAGCUGCUCGACCGCUGGCAGGCUGUCCUGGCCCAGAUCGAUCUGCGGCAGCGGGAACUGGACCAGCUGGGGCGCCAGCUGCGCUACUACCGCAACAGCUAUAGUUGGCUGAUGGAGUGGAUCCAGGAUGCCCGCCAGCGCCAGGAGGGCCUCCAGGCCGUGCCCAUCACCAGCAGUCAGCAGGUGCGGGAGCAGCUGCUGCAAGAGAAGAAACUCCUGGAAGAGUGUGAGCAAAACUGGGAGAAGGUGGAGGAGUGCCACCGCCUGGCCAAGCAGUACAUUGAUGCCAUCAAGGAUUAUGAACUUCAGCUGGUCACGUACAAAGCCCAGGUGGAGCCCGUCUCUUCUCCUGCCAAGAAGCCCAAAGUGCAGUCUGCCUCGGACAGCAUCAUCCAGGAGUAUGUUGACCUGCGGACUCAGUAUAGCGAGCUGACCACGCUGACCAGCCAGUACAUCAGGUUCAUUACAGAGACUCUUCGACGGCUGGAGGAGGAAGAGAAAGCAGCAGAGCAGCUGAAGGAGGCAGAGCGAAAGCGCUUGGCGGAGGUGGAGGCCCAGCUGCAGAAGCAGAAGCAGCUGGCCGAGGCCCAUGCCAAGGCCAAGGCUCAGGCUGAGGAGGAGGCCCGGGAGCUGCAGCAGCGCAUGCAGGAGGAAGUCAGCCGGCGGCAACUGGCAGCCAUAGAUGCUGAGCAGCAGAAGCAGAACAUCCAGGAGGAGCUGCUGCAGAUGAAGCUCAGCUCCGAUAGGCAGAUUGUGGCCAAGCAGAAGCUGAUUGAAGAGGUGGAGAUCAGUCACAGGAAAGUGGAAGAGGAGAUCCACAUCAUUCGCUUGCAGCUGGAGGCCACGCAGAAGCAGAAGGCCGGGGCAGAAGGGGAGCUGCAGGCCCUGAGGGCCCGGGCGGAGGAAGCCGAGCGCCAGAAGAAAGCUGCCCAGGAAGACGCUGAGCGCCUGCGCAGGCAGGUCAAAGACGAGGCCCAGAAGAAGCGGGAGGCGGAGGAGCAGCUGCAGGAGAAGGUGCAGGCAGAGCAGCGAGCGGCGCGGGAGAAGCAGAAGGCCUUGCAGGACCUGCAGCAGCUCCGUGCGCAGGCCGAGGAAGCUGAGCGCCAGAUGAAGCAGGCAGAGCUAGAGAAGGAACGGCAGAUCCAGGUCGCACGGGAGGCAGCCCAGAAGAGCGCUGAGGCAGACCUGCAGAGCCGGCGCCUCUCCUUCGCCGAGAAGACGGCCCAGCUGGAACUGACCCUGAAGCAGGAGCAUGUCACCCUCACAUAUCUCCAGGAGGAGGCCGAGCGCCUGAGGACACAGCAGCUGGAAGCUGAGCGGGCCAAGGAGGAGGCUGAGAAGGAGCUGGAGAAGUGGCAGCAGAAGGCCAAUGAGGCGCUCCGGCUGCGGCUGCAGGCGGAGGAGGUAGCACACAAGAAGUCCCUGGCCCAGGAGGAGGCGGAGAAGCAGAAGGAGGAUGCCGAGCGCGAGACCCGGAAGCGAAGCAAGGCAGAGGAAUCAGCCCUGCGCCAGAAGGAGCUGGCCGAGGAGGAGCUGGAAAAGCAGCGCAAACUGGCUGAGGGCACAGCCCAGCAGAAGUUCUUGGCUGAGCAGGAGCUGAUCCGCCUGAAGUCGGAGAUGGAGAAUGGGGAGCAGCAGCGGCUGCUGCUGGAGGAAGAGCUCUUCCGCCUCAAGAGUGAGGUCAGCGAGGCUGUCCACAAGCGGAGGGAGCUGGAGGAGGAGCUGGCCAAACUGCGGGCUGAAAUGGAACUCCUGCUGAAAAGCAAGGCCAGGACCGAGGAGGAGUCGCGUUCUGCCAGCGAGAAGUCCAAGCAGAUCUUGGAGGAUGAGGCCGCCAAGUUGCGGGAGGUGGCAGAGGAGGCGGGUCGCCUGCGUGCCCUCUCUGAGGAAGCCAAGAGGCAGCGGCAGCUGGCUGAGGAGGAGGCUGCCCGGCAGCGAGCAGAGGCCGAGCGGAUACUCAAAGAGAAACUGGCAGCUAUCAACGAGGCGUCACGCCUCAAGGCGGAAGCCGAAAUUUCCCUGAAGGAGAAAGAGGCUGAGAACGAGCGGCUGAGGCGGCUAGCAGAGGAUGAGGCUUAUCAGCGGAGGGUUCUGGAGGAGCAGGCGGCUCAACACAAGCACGACAUCGAGGAGAAGAUUGUGCAGCUGAAGAAGUCAUCCGAGAGUGAGCUGGAAAGGCAGAAGACCGUUGUCAAUGAAACCUUGAAGCAGCGGCGCAUCAUUGAGGAGGAAAUUCGCAUUCUCAAGAUCAACUUUGAGAAAGCCUCUGUGGGCAAGGCAGAUCUGGAGCUGGAGCUCGGCAAAAUCAGGCAGAAUGCGGAGGAGAUUCAGCGGAGCAAAGAGCUAGCAGAGCAGGAGGGUGAGAAGCUGCGGCAGGCAGCCCUGGAAGAGGAGAACCGCCGCAAAGAGGCUGAAGCGAAGCUGCAGAAGACUCUGGCUGCUGAGCAGGAAGCCGCCAGACAGCGCAAAGCCGCUCUGGAGGAGGUGGAGCGCCUGAAGGCCAAGGUGGAGGAGGCCAAGAGGCAGAAGAAGCUGGCAGAAAGUGAGUCAGAGAAGCAGAUCCUGCUGGCCCAGGAGGCGGCCCAGAAGAAGAUGGUUGCUGAAGAGGCCGCUCACCUGGCCGUGGUGCGCCAGAAGGAGGAGGAGUUGCUGCAGACCAGACAGCAGGAGAAGUCCAUCCUGGACAGGCUGAAGGAGGAGGCUGAAAGAGCCAAGAGAGCAGCAGAGGAAGCAGAGUUUGCCCGCCUCAGGGCAGAGCAAGAGGCCACUUUAUCCCGGCAGCUGGUGGACGAGGCUGAGCGCAUGAAGCAGCGAGCUGAGGAGGAGGCCCAGGUCAAAGCCAGGGCCCAGGAGGAUGCAGAGAAGCUCCGCAAAGAGGCAGAGCUGGAGGCGGCCAGGCGAGCCCAGGCAGAACAGGCAGCCCUCAAGCAGAAGCAGCUGGCUGACAUGGAGAUGGAGAAGCACAAAAAGUUUGCGGAGCAGACACUGCGGCAAAAGGCCCAGGUGGAGCAGGAGCUGACCAAGGUCAAACUGCGGCUGGAGGAGACAGACCAUCAGAAGAGCCUCUUGGAGGAGGAGCAGCAGCGACUGAAGGAGGAGGUGACGGAAGCCAUGAAGCAGAAGGUCCAAGUAGAGGAGGAGCUGUUCAAGGUGAAGGUCCAAAUGGAGGAGCUGAUCAAGUUGAAAAUCCGCAUUGAGGAGGAGAACAAGUUGCUCAUCAUAAAGGACAAGGACAACAUGCAGAAGAUCCUCACCGAGGAAGCCGAGAAGAUGAAGCAGGUGGCAGAGGAAGCUGCCCGGCUCAGCGUGGAAGUCCAGGAGGCUGCCCGCAUGCGCAAGCUAGCAGAGGAGGAUCUGGCCCAGCAGCGGGCUCUGGCGGAAAAGAUCCUGAGGGAGAAGAUGCAGGCCAUCCAGGAAGCCACUCAGUUGAAGGCCGAGGCUGAGCUGCUGCAGAAGCAGAAGGAUCUGGCUCAGGAGCACGCCCGGAAGCUGCAGGAGGACAAGGAGCAGAUCCGGCUGCGGCUGGAGGAGGAGACAGAGGGCUUCCAGAAGACGCUGGAGGCUGAGCGCAAGCGGCAGCUGGAGAUCACUGCCGAGGCUGAGCGGCUGAAGCUGCAAGUUACGGAGAUGAGCCUGGCCCAGGCAAAGGCAGAGGAAGAGGCCAGGCGGUUCAGGAAGCAGGCCGAAGAGAUCAGCGGGAAGCUGCACCAGAUGGAGCUGUCUACUCAAGAGAAGGUGACCCUGGUGCAGACCCUGGAGAUCCAGAGGCAGCAAAGCGAUCAAGACGCUGGCAGGCUGAGGAAGGCUAUUGCUGAGCUGGAGGUGGAGAAAGAGAAGCUGAAGCUGGAAGCCCAGCUGCUGCAGCAGAAGGCGGAAGAGAUGCAGACUGCUCAGAAGGAACAGCUCCGCCAAGAGACACAGUUGCUCCAGCAGACCUUCCUGUCAGAGAAGGACACCCUCUUGCAGAAGGAGAGGUUUGUGGAGGAGGAGAAGGCCAAGCUGGAGAGCCUCUUUCAGCAGGAGAUUAAGAAAGCUCAAAGCCUGAAGGCUGAGCAGGAACAUCAGCAGAAGCAGAUGGAGCAGGAGAAGGAGCAGCUGGAAGCCACCUUGAGGGAUGCCCGGGAAAAGCAGGCAGAAGCAGAGAAGAGUGUCCGUCGCAAGCAGGAGGAGCUCCAGCAGUUGGAGAAGCAGCGUCAGCAGCAGGAGAAGCUUCUGGCUGAGGAAAACCAAAAGCUCCGGGAGAAACUGAGGCAGCUGCAGGAGGAGCAACAGGCUGCUCUGGCUCAGACCCGAGAAAUCAUGAUCCAGACCGAUGACCUUCCUCAGGAGGCAGUCGUGUCUGCAGUAACAGCUCUGCCUAAUGGUCAAGACAUGCUCGACGGUGUCUCUCAAAAUGGUGAACCUGAGUUGGCAUUUGAUGGCAUCCGACAGAAGGUACCUGCCAAGAAGCUGGCAGAGGCUGGCAUCCUGAGCCCAGAAACCUGGGAGAAUCUGGUGCACGGGAGAGUGUCCGUGCAGGAGGUGUCCCAGAUGGAGGAGAUCAGGAAGUACCUGCAGGGCAGCAACAGUAGCAUCGCGGGGCUCCUGAUCAAGCCCACCAAUGAGAAAAUGAGCAUCUACCAGGCCAUGAAGCAGCAGAUCCUCAGUCCAGGCACGGCCCUCAUCUUGCUGGAAGCUCAGGCGGCCUCUGGCUUCAUGAUAGACCCCAUGAGGAACAAGAGGAUCUCUGUCAGUGAGGCGGUAAAGGAAGGCGUGGUUGGGCCUGAGCUGCACAAUAAAUUGCUGUCUGCAGAGAGGGCGGUGACUGGAUACAAGGACCCCUACACAGGUGAAAAGAUCUCCCUCUUCCAGGCAAUGACCAAAGACCUCAUUGUUAAAGACCAUGGGAUUCGGCUUCUGGAGGCCCAGAUUGCCACCGGGGGCAUCAUCGACCCUGUCAAUAGCCACCGCCUACCUGUGGACAUCGCAUUCAAGCGAGGCUAUUUUGAUCAGGAGAUGCAACAGGUCCUCUCGGACCCCACAGAUGACACCAAGGGUUUCUUUGACCCCAAUACCCAGGAGAACCUUACUUACCUGCAGCUGAUGGAAAGGUGCAUGACUGACCCCGAGACCGGGCUAAUCUUCCUGCCACUGACAGACAAAGCAGCCAGAGGACAGGAGCUGGUCUACACGGAUCAAGAGGCCAAGGACAUGUUCAGGAAAGCCACGGUCUCUGCUCCCUUUGGCAGAUUCCGGGGAAAGACUGUCACCAUCUGGGAAAUCAUCAAUUCCGAGUAUUUCACUGAGGAGCAGAAGCGGGAGCUCCUGCGUCAGUACAAGACUGGGAAGAUCACGGUGGAGAAGAUAAUUAAGAUCAUAAUUACUGUUGUUGAAGAGAGUGAGAAGAAGAGCCAACUCUGCUUUCAAGGCCUCCGGGCUGCAGUGCCGGCAGCUGAGUUGCUGGAGAGCAAAAUCCUCAACAAAGAACUCUACAAUCAGCUGCACCAAGGCAAGAAGACGGUGAAGGAGGUCACCAAUAUGGAUGCCAUAAAAACGUACCUGGAAGGUACUGGCACCAUUGCGGGCAUCUUGAUAAAAUCAACAGGCCAAAAGUUACUUCUUUCAGAUGCAAUGAAAAGAAACCUGUUGAAACCUGAGGCGGCCCUGAUCCUUCUGGAGGCCCAGGCUGGAACUGGGCAUAUCGUUGAUCCCGUGAGGAACGAGAAGCUUCCUGUGGAUGAAGCAGUCCGAGCAGGAAUGGUGGGGCCUGAGCUUCACGAGAAGCUGCUCUCUGCAGAGAGGGCUGUAACCGGCUAUAAGGAUCCCUACACAGGGCAGGUAGUCUCCGUUUUCCAAGCACUGAAGAAAGAUCUCAUUCCUAAGGACACCGGGCUCCGACUGUUAGAUGCUCAGCUUGCCACUGGAGGCAUCAUUGAUCCCGUGCACAGCCAUCGCCUCCCACUUGAAGUUGCCUGCAAACAGGGCUACUUCAGUGAAGAAAUGAACAAGGCCUUGUCAGAUCCGGCUGACGAGGUCAAGCUGUACUAUGACCCCAAUGCUCAAGAAAACCUCACUUAUGCUCAGCUGCUGAAGAGGUGCCAGGUGGAUAAGCAGACAGGCCUCCACCUGCUCCAUCUUUCGGAUGAGGCCAUACAGCGUCAUCAGGAGGAGCUCUACUCAGAUAGUGCCGUCAAAGAAUCCUUUGAUAAGUCAACAGUUGAAGUUCCCGCCGGCAGCCAAAAGGGCAAGACAGUGACAAUCUGGGAGCUGAUCCACUCAGAAUAUUUGACUGAAGAGCAGAGGAGAGAGCUGAUACGGCAGUUCAAGACUGGCAAAGUCACCAUUGAGAAGGUCAUUAAGAUAAUUAUUACAAUUAUUGAAGAGAGCGAGGUCAAGAAACAAGAAAAAUUGACCUUCAGUGGCCUGCGAGCACCAGUGCCUGCUAGUGAACUGCUUGAGUCCAAGGUCCUCAGCAGGCAGCAGUAUGAGCAGCUCAGAGAAGGGAAGAAGUCAGUGAAGGACAUCGCUGAAGUGGAUGCGGUGAAGAGGUACCUGAAGGGGAGCGACUGCAUUGCUGGGAUCUAUGUGGAAGAAACCAAGGAGAAGCUGAACAUCUACCAGGCACUGAGGAAGAACCUGCUCCUGCCCAGCACAGCAACUGUCCUCCUGGAGGCCCAGGCAGCCACUGGGUUUAUAGUGGACCCAGUAAGGAAUCAGAGGUUGCACGUCAACGAAGCAGUGAAAGCCGGCCUUGUGGGACCAGAGCUGCACGAAAAGCUGCUCUCUGCUGAGAAGGCUGUCACCGGCUACAGAGACCCUUAUUCUGGGAACACCAUCUCUCUCUUUGAGGCUAUGAGAAAGGGGCUGAUUGUCCGGGAGCAUGCCAUCCGCCUGAUGGAGGCCCAGAUUGCCACCGGGGGCAUUAUAGACCCCGUGCACAGCCACCGUGUUCCUGUGGAAGUGGCCUACAAGCGCGGCUACUUCGAUGAAGAAAUCAACCGAACUCUCUCAGAUCCCUCAGAUGAUACCCAGGGCUUCAUUGACCCCAACACCCAGGAGAAUCUUACCUACUUGCAGCUGAAAGAGAGAUGCAUUGAGGACCCCGAGACUGGCCUAUAUCUCCUGCCUUUGAAGCAGCCUGAACGGCCAGCGGUCGUGGAGAGAACCCAAGUAUACACUGAGGCCGAAACCAAGAAGAUGUUUGAAGAAACACAAAUUGACAUUCCAGGAGGAGAGCUUGCUGGCUCCUCCAUGUCCCUCUGGGAAAUUAUGAACUCUAAUCUCCUCCCUGAAGAGCAACGUAAAAAACUAAUGGAAGAGUUCCGUUUAGGCACCCUGACGAAGGAACGCAUGAUCAUCAUCAUCAUUGAGAUUAUAGAGAAAACGGAGAUUGUCCGCCAGCAAGACUUCACCUCCUAUGAUUACAUUAGGCACCGCAUCACCGCUGAAGAUCUCUAUGAGGCCAGGAUAAUCUCUCUGGAGAUAUUCAAUGCGCUGAAGCAGGGCUCCAAGACCAUCCAAGAGAUUCUGGAGAUAGAGACCACCUGGAAAUAUCUUUAUGGUACUGGCUGUAUUGCUGGCAUCUACAUUCCAUCUAGCAAGCAGAAGAUCAGCAUCUACCAGGCCCUCAGAAAGGGACUGAUUAACCCUGAAGUUGCUCGAACCUUGCUGGAAGCCCAGGCUGCCACUGGCUUUAUUAUUGAUCCCAUGAAGAACGACAGACUUACAGUAGAUGAGGCAGUGAGGAAAGGGGUGGUGGGCCCAGAAAUGCAUGAUCGACUCCUAUCUGCUGAAAGAGCUGUGACAGGCUACCGAGAUCCUUACAGUGAGCAGAAAAUUUCUCUCUUCCAGGCCAUGAAGAAGGAUCUCAUUCCAUCUGAAGAAGCCCUCAGAUUGCUAGAUGCCCAGUUGGCCACAGGAGGAAUUAUAGACCCAUACCUGGGUUUUCACUUGCCCUUAGAAAUUGCCUACCAACGUGGCUACUUCAAUCUGGAGACCUUUGACAGGCUUUCUGAGCCCAGUGAGAUCCGCAGCUACAUAGACCCCUCCACAGAUGAAAAGCUCAGCUAUGCUCAGAUCCUCAAGCGAUGUAAGAAGGAUGAGAAUACAGGCUGCCUCCUCCUACCCCUCUGUGACACUCGGAAGCUGACUUUCAGGGGGCUGAGGAAGCAAAUCACAGUGGAGGAGUUGGUACGAUCAAAAGUCAUGGAUGAAGCCACUGCCCAGCGACUCCAGGAAGGCCUAACCUCAGUGGAGGAGGUCUCUAAAAAGUUGCAGCAAUUCUUAGAGGGCACCAGCUGUAUUGCUGGAGUCUACAUGGACUCAACCAAGGAAAGGUUGUCUGUAUAUCAAGCUAUGAAGAAAGGCAUUCUCCGGCCAGGGACGGCUUUUGAGCUGCUGGAGGCCCAGGCGGCCACAGGGUACGUUAUUGAUCCCAUCAAGGGACUCAAGCUGACUGUGGAGGAAGCAGUGCGCAUGGGCAUUGUUGGCCCGGAAUUCAAAGACAAGUUACUUUCAGCCGAGCGGGCAGUGAUAGGUUACAAGGACCCUUACUCUGGCAAGAUAAUAUCCCUUUUCCAAGCCAUGAAGAAAGGGUUGAUCCUGAAAGAUCAUGGGAUUCGUUUGCUAGAAGCUCAAAUUGCUACAGGAGGUAUUAUUGAUCCCGAGGAGAGCCAUCGCUUGCCAGUUGAAGUGGCGUACAAGAGAGGCCUUUUUGACGAGGAAAUGAAUGAAAUCCUCCUGGAUCCAAGUGAUGACACUAAGGGGUUCUUUGACCCAAACACUGAGGAAAACCUGACUUACCUGCAAUUGAUGGAAAGGUGCAUCACUGACCCUGAGACUGGGCUGUGCCUCCUGCCCCUGAAAGAGAAGAAGCGGGAAAGGAAGACCUCAUCCAAAUCCUCUGUCCGCAAGCGCAGGGUGGUGAUUGUGGAUCCAGAGACCGGGAAGGAAAUGUCUGUGUAUGAAGCCUACCGCAAAGGCCUCAUUGACCACCAGACCUACCUGGAACUCUCAGAACAAGAGUGUGAAUGGGAGGAAAUCACUAUCUCCUCCUCUGAUGGGGUGGUCAAGUCCAUGAUCAUUGACCGGAGGUCAGGAAGGCAGUAUGACAUAGAUGAUGCCCUGGCCAAAGGCCUGAUAGACCAGUCUGCCCUGGACCAGUAUCGCUCAGGGACCUUGUCCAUUACUGAGUUUGCAGACAUGUUGUCUGGCAAUGUAAGUGGAUUCCGAUCCAGAUCGUCCUCUGUGGGCUCCUCCUCUUCCUAUUCGGCAAGUCCUGCUCAUGCAAGACCCCAGCUGACCUCCUGGAGUGAUCCCGCUGAGGAGACUGGCCCGAUUGCUGGCAUCUUGGAUACAGAUACCCUGGAAAAAGUGUCCAUUACGGAAGCCAUGCACCGCAACCUGGUAGAUAACAUUACAGGCCAAAGGCUACUGGAGGCCCAGGCCUGCACAGGUGGGAUCAUUGAUCCAAGUUCAGGGGAGAAGUUCCCUGUUGCAGAUGCUGUUAAUAAGAACCUGGUUGACAAGAUCAUGGUAGAUAGAAUCAACCUUGCUCAAAAGGCUUUCUAUGGCUUUGAGGAUCCAAGAACCAAGACCAAAAUGUCUGCUGCCCAAGCCUUAAAGAAGGGCUGGCUGUACUAUGAGGCCGGCCAGCGGUUCCUGGAAGUCCAGUACCUGACCGGUGGGCUGAUUGAGCCAGAGGUGCCUGGACGGGUGUCGCUCGAUGAGGCCUUGCAGAAGAACACUGUCGAUGCGCGCACUGCCCAGAAGCUUCGGGAUGUCAACACUUACUCCAAGUACUUGACCUGUCCCAAAACCAAGCUGAAAAUCUCCUACAAGGACGCCAUGGACAGGAGCAUGAUCGAAGAAGGGACGGGCCUCCGUCUCCUGGAAGCCUCCUCACAAUCCAGCAAAGGCUAUUACAGUCCUUACAACGUCAGUGGCUCCGGUUCCACCUCCGGCUCCCGGUCAGGUUCACGAACAGGUUCCAGACCAGGCUCCAGGCGAGGAAGUUUUGAUGCCACUGGCUCCGGCUUCUCCGUCUCCUUCUCUUCCUCCUCCUACAGUUCAUCAAAUUAUGGCCGCAGAUACGCACCAGAUCCCAGCAGCGGCAGCACAGAUGCAGCUGACCUCUGUGGCACCCUGGCAUAUCCAAAGGGAAGUUGUGGGUGGAAAGGAAACUGUCCCCCUCUUGAACUGCCUGGAAAACAGCUGCCUGUGGCCACAGUUUCUUCUAGGCCCACCAAAGAAGAUCCCUUGUCCCUGCGGGAACGUCCCGGUUGGUUCUCCGGAGCUAGCAAGUCUAACGUCGGCUCCCUGGAAGACCCGCAUCGGUCUGCUCCUCAAGAGGCUGGCGACGGCUGUGGUCGCCGCUGCUGCUACUCUGGUUCAGAGGGGGCUCUGAGAGGCCGCCGGGCCCCUGCCUGCCUGCCUGCCGGCCGGCCGGCCAUGGGCAACUUCGUCAGCAGGCCCAGUUGCCUGGGGGAGAAAAGCCCCAGAGCGGAAGACUUCCUGAAGGAGCCCUGUUCGGCCACCCGGAACAACGAGGAGGAUCGCGCGGGGCCCCCCGAGAAGGCUUGCCUCAGCCCACGGGCGUUGGAGAAUGGCUGGAACGUGGCCCUGGAGGGGGCUGGAAAGAACAGCCCCCUCCCCAAGCAAAACAAGCUGGAUGUUAAGCUGCAGAAUUGCUCCCCCGUCCAACCUCAGCCGGAGGGAGCCGUGGCCCCCUGGACCUCUCCCAAGAGCUUGGGGGCCGCCUGGGGCUGGAAGCCAAGCACCACCAGGGAGGUGACGGAGGUGACAGAGGUGACGGAGACGGUGGUGACCGAGAUCGUGGAGGUGACGGAGUACCCGGGUGGGGACAAGACUCGAGAGGCCUCCGUGACCAGGACGGUGAAGGUGCUGGCUGACGUCAGAGGAGCCCUGGCCCAGGCAGCUGCCCUCCCAGGAGGCAUGCAGGGCGCUGGGCUGACCCCGGAGGCUGCAGGGAAGCUGGAUGCCUGGGUCAGGGAAGUGGAGGACCUCAUGGGCCACCAGAGACCACCUUCAGGGGAAGCCAAGGUCGUGAAGGCACAGCUGCAGGAGCAAAAGCUUUUGCUGCGUCUGCUGGAGGAGCGCACCCCCCACCUAGGCCACCUUUGCCGGCCUGCCAGCAUUGCCGAGGGAGAGGAGCAGCCCAGGGGCCCGGCCAGCCUUCAGGAGAAGUGGGCAAUCCUGGUCCGGGAGGCCGAAGCCAGGCACAGCUCCCUGCAGCAGAUCAUCCCUGCUGCCAACGUCUUCCAGGAGUCGGUUGAUGCUUUCCAAGACUGGCUGAGCUUGACGGAGCAGAAACUGGCCCAACUCUGGGGAGCCCACGGGAGCCUGGCCCAAAGCCAGGAGGCCCACCAGCAGAUUCAGGCUCUGCGCAAGGAAGUUCAGUCCAAAACAGCAGAACUGGAGGAGGCCUUGCAGCGUGGACAGCGGCUCUUGCAGAUGGUGCCAGGAGAAGAAGGCCAGCUUGUCCAAGGCAAGAUGGACUCCCUGCGGCUGAGGCUGCUGCUGGUGGACCAGAGGAGCAGCGACACCCUGCAGCGAGUGGAGCAGGCCUUGGAGGCCUCUUCCCAUCCGGACCCUGCCCUAGAGGACCUGGGCCUCGCACUGCAGCCCCCAGAGAAGGAGCAGCACUUGCCAGGCAGCCAGGCAGGAGAAGGGUCCUGCCCCCCGGCCCCUGCAGACAAAGAGAAGCUGGAGCAGGCGUUGAGGUCUGAGCCGGCCGCUGUGUCCAAGCUGAGCGCAGGUGUGGAGGAACUGAGCCAGGUGUACCUGAAUGUCCAGGCCAUCCACCUGGCACUUGGGGAGCAGAAGCACCUUUCUGCAGAGACCCUUCACCAUCACGGCCAGGUAGAAAGGCCGGUGGAGCCAGCCAACCCACUGCUCAGCCUCUGCCCCACAGAUGUGCAGGAGCAGCUGCAGGAAGGCACGGAGUCCCUCGGCUGCCAGAGCCCGGCCUGCACCCUGCAGCUGGCGCAAGGGCAGCUGCUCCUGGCUCAGCACACCGAGGUCCAGGCAGAGCUCAGCCAGUGGCUGGAGGAGGCCCGGCAGGCAGUCGCAGCCUUCUCUCCCGGCAGCAUCACCACCCGCUGCGAAGUCUUCCAGGAGCAACAGGAGGUGCUGGAGGGUCUGCGGGAGGCCAUAGCUGAGCACAGGCCCCUGGUGGGGAAGCUGCACCGCAUCACCAGGUGGCUGUCCGAGCAGUGUCCACAGGAGGCAGCGCCAUUCUGGCAGGGGCUGCAGGCAACCGAGGAGCAGUACAGCAGCCUCCGAGAGCAGGCCCAACAGGCCACAGCUGUGCUGAGGAAGGCCCUCCCACGAUACAGCCAACUGUCCGAGCGGCUGGAGCUGGUGACCAGGAACUUGGAGCGGGUGCGGGACCACACAAGGCACCCACCUGAGCUGCGGGGAGACCCCACCUGGCUCCAGGAGCAGCUCUGGGAGAACAGCCGACGGCUGGCGGAGUUAGAAAAGCUGGGCGUGGCCCUCGAGACCCUCAGUGGGCAGGGGGCAGAGUUUCAAGCCACCCUGCAGACCACCACACCCCCAGCCAUGCAGGAGCGCAUGCAGGAGCUGCGGAGUCAGUGGCAGCUGCUGUGGGAGCUGGAGGAAGACCGAGAGGCCUCCCUGCAGGAACUCCUGGCCCUGGCCGGGCGGUUUUGGCCUGGCCUGGCUGAGCUGGCCGGGGCUCUCAGCAACAGUCAGCAGAUGGUGCUGGACCUGGAAGACUCUGCGGCCUCCGGUCCAAAGGAUAUCCAGGCCAAGCUGGUGGCCAUGCAGGCCCUGCGCGAGGAGGUGGACGCUCUGCAGAGUGAGCUGGAUUCUUUGGGGGCUUGGGGCAUGGAGUUGAUAUCACUGUGCGGAGACCUGGAGAAGCCCACAGUCACCAAGAGCUUGGACGACCUCUACUCAUCUUGGAACAGCCUGAAGAGGACGUGGGGGGAGCGGCAGAAGCACCUGGAGGACCAGCUGCAGGCAUCGGUCACCAACCAAGAGACGAUGGAGAGGCUCCUGGCCUGGCUGGCAGAGGCUGAGCAGCGGGUGGCCCAGGAGUUCCCAGGUGGGGGGGAACCGAUGCAGGUGGAGCAGGAGCUCUCAGAGCUGAAGGCCUUCAAGCGAGAGCUGUACCGGCACCAAGUGGAGGCCGAGAGACUUUGGCAUCGGAGCAGCUACCGGGAGGCUGCCCAGGAAGAUUCCCCCCUUGCUUUUGGGGGCUCCCGGGACCGUUGGAUCCAGCUGGAGGAAGAGCUGCUGACCCGGCAGCACCGUCUGGAGGCCGCCCUCCUGCGCCUGGGUCGGUUCCAGAGCCAAUUGGACUGGCUGAUGGAGUGGCUGCUGAACACUGCGGAGCAGCUCCGGGACCCCCUCCCCCUCACGCCGGACCUGCAGAGCUGCGAGAUCGAGAUGGCCAAGCACCAGGUGCUACAGAAGGACGUCCUGUCUAACACAAUGACGGUGCAGGCGGUGCAGGAGGCUGGCUGGCGUCUGCAGCAGCUGCCUGGUGACGGCAGUGGGACCUGUGUGGAGGGCCUACAGGGCAAGCUCCAGCAGCUGAGCCAUCGGUGGAGCCAGGUCCUGGCCGAGACAGAGCAGCGCCACCUGGCCUUGGAGCACAACCUGAACCAGGUGCGGGAGGUUUCUCUGGAGGCGGCUGGGCUGUUGCAGUGGUUGGACCGUGUGGAGUUGCAGCUCUUCUCUUCCAAGACCAUCUGGGGGCCCCCCGAAGCCACCAAGGACAAGCUGGGCACACUCUUGGAACUCUGUGAAGAGAUGAAGUCCAAGCAGCAAACAUACCAGCAAGUCCAGGAGAAGCUCCAGCACCUGUUGGCCACCUGCCACUCAAACGGGGCUUCUACAGCCGAGCACAGCCUGAGGGUCUUGGAGCAGAAGUGGGGUAGCCUCACUAGCCGCCUGCAAGAGCAGAAGGAGCAGCUCCUCCAAAGCUCAAAUUCGGCCACCGAGUUCCACGCCACCCUCCAGGAGCUCCUGAAGUGGGUCAGGCAGACGGAGGAGGUCUUGGCAGCCCUGCCUCCUCCCAGCUACAUCCUGGACACGGUCAGCAAACAGAGACGGCAGCAGCAGGCCUUGGUGCAAGAGACGGAAGCCAAGAGCAAGAAGCUGGCAGGGAUGGAGGCUGCCUGCCUGACCCAGGACAACGGGGGUCCUCCCAGCCUGGUGGGCAGCGCCAAGGAGCGGCUGGCCAGUGUCCUGCAGCAAGUGAGCAAGAGGAGGGAGGUGCUGGAAGAGGCCCACCAGCAGGCCAAGCAGUUCAAAGAGUCCUGGCAGCUGCUCCUCAAGUGGUUGGAUGAGGCUGAGGCAGCCCGUCCAGCCCCUGCAGGUGCCCCCCCAGCGAAGCAAGAGGACCUCAAGGCCCUUCUGAGACAACACGAGGAAUUCCAGAGGCGCCUGCGGGUCAAGCGCAGGGUCUUCCAGGCCACCCUGCAGCGGGGGAGUCUCUUACGGGCCAAGGCCCUGCUCCCUGCCGAUGGCCAGGAGCUGGACGUGAUGCAGAGGGAGCUGAAGGAGCGCUGGGGGGCUCUGUGGAGCUGGGCAGCCGAGAGGCAGCAGAAGCUGGAGGAGCAGCUGCUGUUCUCCGGCUGCUUCAGCGAUGACCUUCAGAGCCUCCUGGACUGGUUAUGUCGGGUUGAGCCCCAGCUGGCUGAGGAGACCCCCCUAGGUGGGGACAGAGACCUGGUGGACAUGCUGAUGGAGCAGCACAAGGCCUUCCAGACGGAGCUGAGCCGACGGGCGGUGGCUGUCGGGACACUGAGGUGCUCUGCAGAGCGUGAGCUGGUGCAAGGUGGGAGCACCAUGGAUGCCCGGUGGCUGCAGAUCCAGAUGGAGGAGCUGGAAGAUCGCUGGGAACUCAUCAGCCGGCUCUCCGUCUCACAGCAGAGCCGGCUAGAGGUCACCCUGAGGCAGGCAGAGGAGUUCCACCGCCUGCUGUGUGCCUUCCUGAGCCACCUAUCUGAGCUGGAGAAGUCAGCCAUGGACGGGACCCCUCUAGAGCAGGAGGAGGAGGAGGAGGAGGAAGCCAUGGCUGAGGCCCAGAGCCAGCUCAAGGAGCUGCAGCAGAGCGUGCAGGGCCAGCAGCUGGAGCUGGACUGCAUCACCUCUCUGGGCGAGGAGAUCCUGAGCGCCUGCCAUCCUGAUGCUGUGGGCACCGUCCAGUCCUGGCUCGUCCUUGCCAAGAGCCGCUUCCAGCAGCUCUGCAACCAGAUCCAGCAGCAGGAGCAGCGGCUGCAGGCCCAGGCGGCCUCCCUUGCUGCGGACCAGGAGACGGUGGAGCGACUCAGUGACUGGAUCACAGCCACCGAAGAGACCCUGAGCCUGCGGGACCAGAAGCCCCUCCCUGAGGAUGCCAGGCAGCUGGAGGAGCUCAGAUGUCAGCACACGGUCUUCAUGCAGGAGUUGGACCACAAGCAGCCCGAGGUGGAGGCGGCCGCCAAGAGUGGGAGGCAGAAAAGGACUGCACGGCCAGGGGUGGAGGCUCCUUCCUGCAAAGGCCGUUCCGGAUGGCAUGGGGCCAGAAAAGCUUUGCCCCGGGCCCCCCUCAUGCCCCUGGAAGACCUGGAGCCCCAGAGCCCACUCCUAACCCAACUGGAGCUCCGCUGGCAGCGCCUCUGGCUGGCAGCUCAGGACCGGCAGCAUCGGCUGCAGAGUUCCCAGCAGCGCCUUCAGGAGCUGGAAGAAAUGGCCAACUUCAAUUUUGCUGUCUGGCGCAAGCGGUACCUGCAGUGGAUCAGCCACAGGAAGUCCCGGGUCCUGGACAUCUUUCGCAGCAUUGACCGAGACCAAGAUGGGCGCAUCACCCAGCAGGAGUUUGUCGGGCACGUCCUGGCCUCCAAAUUCCCCACUAGCCUGCUGGAGAUGAAAGCAGUGGCCAAAAUCUUUGACAUGAAUAGGGAUGGUUUCAUUGAUUAUUGUGAAUUUGUCAACGCUCUGCAUCCCGGCCGGGAAAUCCUGCACAGGGCGGCCAACGUGGACCACAUCCAAGAGGAGGUGAACCGACAAGUGGCUGAGUGCAACUGUGCACAGCGUUUCCAAGUGGAGCAAAUUAGUGCCACCCGUUACAGAUUUGGGGAGUGCCAGCAGCUGCGCAUGGUUCGAAUCCUGAGAAGUACCCUGAUGGUGCGAGUCGGAGGAGGCUGGACAGCUCUGGACGAAUUCCUGGUGAAGAACGACCCCUGCAGAGUCAAGGGAAGGACCAACCUGAAGAUCAAUGAAAGAUACCUCUCCCCGGGACUCCUAGGGCGGAAGGGGGCAGGCAGCCAAUCUGCCCCUGCCUCCAAGAUGCUCUCCCCCUGCUGCUCCACCUCCAGCCUCAGCCAGUACAGCAGCGCCUCUGCGCCCAGCAGCCCCGUCCCGAGGAAGGCUUUGCUGCGCUGGACACACUCGGGGGAUCAUCGGGGCCUCCACUCCUGCAGUCCUGCUGGGGGGGCUGGGUUGGCCUUUGCCCCUGGAGCAGCUGGGCCGGACGCUGAGCCCUCAGGUCACCCCAGAAGAGCAGCUGCCCGGAGUGACGUCCCUGCACCCUGACGGCUGUAGCACCGCCCUCCUCUCUGGGCCCUGGGAGCAGCAGCGGAGAGAUCUGGGCAGCCGCCCACUGGCACCCCAGUCCCUGGGAGGUUGGGCAGGCCGCCCCACCUUUCCCCACAAGCAUCCCUCUCCCGGCUCCGCACAGCCCUCCCAGGCGAUGCAGCCAAGGCUCUUUUGGAGCAAGACCACCUUGGGGGGGGGCACUUUUUGGUGCUCUCACUAGCCAGCUGCCCAGCUAGCCGAGGCCUCAGGUGUAGCCUCAGUGGGCCUGGGACAGAUUUUGGAACGAAUGGCAUCUUGCCCUGACUGAGCACCGUCCCACUGCAGGCAGGCAGCAGCCCGGCUGAAUCCCGGGGCCAGACGCAGCACCAGGAGCAAUAAAGACAAGGCUUCCUAUAA